CUCUUCCCUCUCCGUCUCUACUGCUACCUAGCCUCGAGUCAGAUUUAAUCUCCACUUCAAACCCCACCAACAAGCAACGGUACAUCAUAGGAAGCAAGAACCAUGGCCCAGGAAAAGAAAGAAUUCAUCUGCAUCUGCCCGGAUAAGCCCGGUGUUGUGGAUAAGCGAAUUGAGGUUCGACCAUUGCAUCUGGAAGGCAUGAAGCCGCUUGUUGAGGCUGGGGAGGUGGUUCUUGGUGGAGCAAUGUUCGACCACCACCCCCAAGAAGGCGAAUCCGUCCCCGCCUUCUCAGGAAGCAUGUUGCUCGUGCGGGCUGAGAACACAGACGCUGUGAAACAGAUCAUCAAGAAUGAUAUCUAUACGCGCAGUGGAGUGUGGGAUGAGGAGAAGGUGCAGAUUAUUCCGUUUAAAUCGGCUGUUAGGGUUGGGAUGUAAGGGUCUUCUUGUCUUUGGGCAUUGGGCAUUAUUGUGUGAAUAGGUAUUUAGAAGUACCUAACUUAAAAAAACACUUAACGUAUCUGUGGAGGACUCUUUAA